GACUUGCUAAUGGAGAUUGUCUUUCAUGUUUGCCAACCUUAUUCAAUACCAAUUCUGGGUGUUCUUCUGAUCAUUCAUCAUCAAUGGAAGGUGAAACACAUUCUGCUUCUGAUCAGAAACCAAAAGUGAAAAGGGAGGAAGAUGAUGAGACUAAGGCUGUGCAAGUGAGCCUGGCAACACUAUUCGCCAUUGAAAACGCAGAGGAUUCAUCAUCAUCUGCAGCAGAAGAAAGUCAUCUGAUAAUCCCAGACUGCAUUUCUAUCAGAUCAAGCAGCACCCAAUCUUUUGCAUUCCCCAUAUUAGCGUCAGAAAUCUAUUCUAGCCCUGCAAAGUUGGCGCCUUGCGAUACCAGGCUCUUGAAGAAGAGAAGACGAUGGAAGAACUGUUUGGGCUUCUGCAAAUGUUGAGCCCUGCAAGGAUUUUGUAUAUUGGAUGGGCCAGAAGUUUAAUGUAAAUAUGGCCUGCAAUAUAUGUAUUUACAGAUUCGGCCUAUAAACAAUCGUCAUAUCAUGGACCAGGAUUCACAGUGUACUGUUGACCAUGAUUCAGUAUA